AUGUCCGGUGGAAAAGGUGGAAAAGCAGGCUCUUCUGAAAAAGCUUCAACUUCAAGAUCGUCCAAGGCUGGAUUGACCUUCCCAGUCGGAAGAGUCCACAGAUUGCUCAGAAACGGUAACUACGCUCAAAGAGUUGGUUCCGGUGCCCCAGUCUACUUGACUGCUGUUUUGGAAUACUUGGCUGCCGAAAUUUUGGAAUUGGCCGGUAACGCUGCUAGAGACAACAAGAAGAGCAGAAUUAUCCCAAGACACUUGCAAUUGGCCAUCAGAAACGAUGAGGAAUUGAACAAGUUGCUCGGUCAUGUGACCAUCGCUCAAGGUGGUGUUUUGCCAAACAUCCACACUGACUUGCUCCCAAAGAAGAUUGGCAAGAAAGAGUCUCAGGAAUUCAGUCCCGCCGCUAAUCAAUCCACAGUAAUGCCAGUCAGAAGAGUGAUCAAGUUCGUUAGAGAACAAUACGAGUCUAUCUCCAACAGACUCAACAACAACACCAAGAAGGAGGAGACUCCAGCUGAGGAGGCUGCUCCAGUCGAAGAGGGAGCUGAAGAAGCUGCUCCAGCUGAAGAAGCUCCAGCUGAGGAGGCUGAACCUGCCGCCAAAUAA